AUGCUGUACGACUUGAACAUACCAUGGCCUGUAGAUAACUACAACCAGAAACCCACACCACAACAACUAACCAACCUAAAAAAUACAAUUAUCACCAGUUAUUCACUCGGUAUAACUCAUCAAGUCAUAAAUUUUUCAAUUCUCGAAACAGUGAAAAUCCCUCUCAACCAGCCUCAAGAUAUAAACCCAAUAGAUAUAACCUACCUUACAGCAGAACUCAGUCCACAAUUCAAAAACCUCAAAUUAUUCACUCGAUUAACUUUAAUAAUCAAUGAUUCUUCAAAAUUAACCGGUUUAACCAAAUUACAAAAUCAUUUCGAUUUGAUCGCUAUUCAACCAUUGAAUGAAAAAGCCCUACAAUUAACAAUCACGAAUUUGGAUAUUGAUUUAAUUAGUUUGAAUUUAGCUAGUCGAUUACCAUUCUUUUUAAAACAUAAAAUCAUUGGCAGUGGGAUUGAAAAGGGUAUAAAAUUUGAAAUUUGUUAUAGUUCAUUAGUGUCAGGUUCAAUUGGAUAUGCAAAUGUUGGUAAUGAGACAAAUGUAAAUCUUAUCAAGAAGAAUUUUUUCAGUAAUGUAUUACAAUUGGUAAGGGCGACUAGAUCUAGAGGGAUUGUGGUCUCUAGUGGUGCGACCCAACCUUUACAAAUCCGGAAUUCGAAUGAUAUUUUGGUGUUGUUGAAAACAUUGGGUUUGGAUAGAAGUAGAGCAAAGAGUUGUAUAAGUGUGAAUCCAGAGAGAGUGUUGGUUAAUGGUAGAUUGAGGGUAAAGUCUUAUAAACAGACUAUAAGUGUUGGUAAUGAAGAAAGUAGUUUGUUGGAUAAUGUACACGAGAAUCCAAACAAAAAACAAGAUGGAAGUGGUUAUAAGAAGAAGUUGAGUGAUAGCUCCAGUGGAAGACUAUUGAAGAAGAGAAAAAUAGAUACUAAUGAAAAGUAA